AGACGUAUGAUCGAAAAUUUGAGCUUGGGCGAAAUAGAACUUGAUUUAGAUCCAAACGAGACUGUAACGAUAAGUACAUUCAGCAAAACCAGAACAAGAGUAAAAGCUGAUAUUUAUCGUUGCCUAGAUCUAGAUCAAGUUCCAAUUCGCACUCCAGCAAGUCAAAAACCUAAAACCCUACAAAGAGAUGAAAUGAAAGUU